AUGAACCCUUCUAUUCCACCUUCGACUGCCGAGUACGGUGGAGAUGAGGUUUCAGCUAUUGUACUUGAUCCUGGAUUUUCGACAACGCGCGCCGGCUUUGCAGGCGAAGACACGCCAAAAUCCCUGAUCCCAACAUACUACGGGAAAUACACUUCCGAAGGACGGGAAAGGCUGGUAUUUAGUGAUGAUGUCUUUGUCACUCCGCGUCCUGGUUUAUCCGUCCACAACCCAAUGGGCCGGGAUGGAAUUGUGGAGGAUUGGGACAUGGCAGAGAAAGUGUGGGAAUAUUCUUUCACGUCUCGACUCACGGGUCCCAAGCCGGGAAAUCCAUUCCAGAACGGCUUGAACGACGUUGCCGAUGGAGAGCUGCCCACAGAUAUGGAGGGAGUGGAAACUGAAGAGAAGCCUCUUGCGGACAGCCCGCUUUUGAUGUCUGAGUGUGGCUGGAACCCUACGAAAGCGCGCGAGAAGACUAUUGAAAUCGCCAUGGAGAAAUGGGGAACGCCAGCUUUCUAUUUGGCAAGGAAUGGUGUUCUGGCAGCCUUCGCAUCUGGAAAAGCUUCUGCCCUUGUUGUUGAUGUCGGUGCUUCCAACAUCUCAGUAACUCCGGUGCAUGACGGGAUGAUUCUAAAACGUGGGGUCCAACAUUCUCCUCUAGGCGGCGACUAUAUCUCGUCACAAAUCCGCGCUCUUUUCAAGACCAACACACCGCAACCGAUCACCAUAACCCCACAUUAUCUCAUUUCAUCGAAAACCGCUGUCGACGCUGGUCAGCCUUCGCAGGCAAAGUACAAAGCUUUUCCACCUGAAAAGACACCGGACGCUUCAUACCGCACCCUGCUGGAAGAGCGAACGCUUUCAGAGUUCAAAGAAUGCGUGGUCCAAGUGUGGCCUGGACCCAACAAGCUCUCUGCAACGGGCCCCAGCGGGGUCUCGAAUGAGGAGGUUGCUAGAAGUAGUCCCGGUCGGCCAUUCGAAUUUCCCGAUGGUUACAACCAGGUAUUCGGCCUUGAUCGCUAUAGAGUUGUGGAGUCCCUGUUUGAUGCCAAAGCUGCAAUUCCAGACCCGGAGUCGCCAUUUCCUACCCCAACGCAAGCUCAGACUGUACCCGAACUGAUUAAAAAUGCGCUUAAUGGGGUUGAUGUUGACAUCCGCCCGCAUUUGCUGGCUAAUGUUGUUGUCACGGGGGCAUCCAGCUUACUCCAUGGCUUCACCGACCGCCUCAACCAAGAACUUCUGCAGACCUAUCCAGGACCGCGAGUCCGGAUUUCUGCACCAGGCAAUACGGCUGAACGCAAGUUCGGCUCUUGGAUUGGCGGAAGUAUUCUCGCUAGCUUGGGCACCUUCCAUCAAAUGUGGAUUUCGAAGAAAGAGUACGAAGAACAUGGCCCAAGUAUCGUCGAGAAGCGCUGUAAAUAG